AUGGAACACUAUUCAAUUGAUCGUCACGUUGAGUCAGACACUCGUUUCUCCCGCGGGAUGUGGGAGUUGAAACAAGGUGUGAGGAUCGACUGGGCAUUGGAAAACUUGAAGUCGGUGGUUUCUGAUGGAGAAAUCUACUCUCUUGCUGCUACAAGACGCAUCAAUAACCGGGGUGACACUUUGAACUGCCCUACUAUUUCCACAAUUGUGUCUUCUCCAAGGGAGGGAAUUGUCGGUGUUGAAUCAUACCAUCAUGUUUCUACAUACAAGAACAACAAGGAGCCCAAAUUUUUGAAAUACUCAGACGAAAAGCUGCUGUACAGGGCAAAUGUUGUCACUAGCGAGGAUGAAUCAGUCAACACCUUAUAUGCUGGUGCUAGUACUGCUGCUGAAAUAACGUCCAAACCAUUUGCAAUUGACUUCAAGGGCAAGGACAAGGUGUUGACCAAGUUGGGAUACAAGUCGAUUGGGUUUGUUAGGGACACCAGAUUCGAAAAGCAGGGUGCUACUGCAGAUAAAGCUACGACGUAUAUGACAGUGCAGCUUCACUUAUCUGUUGGCGAGAAGCUCUUUGGAUUGGGAGAAAAGUUUGGUCCAUUUGUUAAGAAUGGUCAACGAGUUGAAGUCUGGAAUGAAGAUGGUGGUACUUCCUCCGAGUGGGGAUAUAAGUCUAUCCCCUUCUACCUUUCCAACCGUGGCUAUGGUGUCUUUGUUGAUUCUCCUUCAAAUGUGGUGUUUGAACUUCAAUCAGAGAGAACUACCCGAGUUAAUAUCACUGUCCAAGGUGAAGGUAUCAAAUACUACAUUAUCCAUGGUCCUGAUCCUAAAACUAUUUUACAAAGGUAUACUGAUCUUACUGGGAAGCCGGCCUUGCCUCCAGCAUGGACUUUUGGAUUAUGGUUAACCACGUCAUUCACGACAAACUACGACAUUGACACCGUCAGUUCAUUCAUCCAGGGGAUGAAAGACAGAAACAUCCCCUUGGGAACAUUCCACUUUGAUUGUUUCUGGAUGAAGGGGUUCCAAUGGUGUGAUUUUGAAUUUGACCCAGAAUACUUCCCCGAUGCUAAGAAGUCAAUUGCUGAAUUGAAAAAGAAGUUCGGGGUGAAGAUAUGUGUGUGGAUUAACUCCUACAUUGGUCAAGAAUCAAAGUUAUUUGCUGAAGCUGACGACAAGGGGUACUUGAUUAGAUACGUUCCCCAGGUCAACAAUGGUGCUUCGUACCAGACUGAUUUGUGGCAGGCUGGUAUGGGGAUUGUUGAUUUCACCAACCCAGAUGCAUGCAAAUGGUACCAAUCCCAUCUUGAGAAGUUGAUAGAUAUGGGAGUUGACAGUUUCAAAACUGAUUUCGGAGAACGAAUCCCCAUCAAGGACAUUCGCUAUCACGAUGGAUCUGACCCUGUAGCCAUGCAUAACUACUAUACCUUGCUCUACAACAAAUUAGUGUUUGAAACCCUUGAACUGAAACUUGGCAAGAAUGAAGCUUGUUUAUUUGCCCGGAGUGCUACUACUGGUGGGCAACAGUAUCCUGUACACUGGGGUGGUGAUUGUGAAUCAACCUUUGAAGCUAUGGCAGAAACACUUAGAGGUGGGUUGAGUCUUUGUCUUUCUGGGUUUGGGUUCUGGUCUCAUGACAUCGGGGGAUUUGAAGGUGAUCCUAACCCAGCUAUUUAUAAGAGAUGGUGUGCUUUUGGAUUGUUGAGUUCUCAUUCAAGACUCCAUGGAAGUACAUCGUACCGAGUUCCUUGGAACUUUGAUGAUGAAGCUAGUGUGGUGUUGAGUAAAUUUACCAAAUUGAAGUUAUCCUUGAUGCCAUACCUUUAUAAGUUUGCUAUUGAAGCUCACAAGACUGGUAUUCCCGUAAUGAGAGCUUUAAUGUUAGAGUAUCCCCACGAUCCAACUGCUGUGACUGCUGAUACCGAAUAUUUCCUUGGUGAUUCCUUGUUGGUAGCCCCUGUUUUUACUGGUGAUGAUGGUAAUGUGACAUACUAUGUACCUAAAGGUGAUUGGUAUGGUUGGUUAGAUGGCGAGGUGAGAUCAACCACUUCAGGAGAAUGGUUUGAUGAAGUUCAUGAUUACAAAUCACUUCCAUUAUUAGUUAGACCAAAUUCUAUCAUUGUUACUGCUGGUCCGUAUGCUAAUCACAAGAGUACCGUCUACGAUUGGAAUAAAGAGUUUAUGGUUAACAUUUAUGACGUUACCGAAGCUGGUGCCGUUACUGAAAUCCCAGAUCCAGAAACACCAGAUGAACUUGCUGCUAAGGUUAUUGCUAAGAAGUCCCAGGAACACCAUAUCGACAUUAAAGUUGAAGGUAAGUUUUCUAAGCCUUACUAUGUCAAGGUGUUGGACAGCAAUGACAAAGAAUUGUCAGUUGUUAAAGGUGAUGGUAAGAUUCUGGGCAAAGAUGAAUUGGGCAACACUAUCGUAGAAGUAUCUAGUGACAACAUUGUGUUGAAAUCUUUAUUCAAUUAGUCCUUUUAUAUAGAUUUAAUCAAUAUUAUUUUAAACUACUACAUACAUAAAUAAUGCAACGAUAUUUAUUGAAACAACGACAUAAUUGAAAAGAGGAAACCAUUAAUAGAACACAUCUCAAGCUGAGUUGCCCGUAAGUGUAUCAACAAAAGCAGGUCAAAAAAAAAAAUCAACAAUCUAUCACACUGAGAUUUGCUCUAUCAAUGUAUACACCACACACCUGAACAAACAUGCAAAUUAGACAGACCCGUAAUGUAGUAGUCGAAUUGAAAUAGAAAAAAAAAAAAUAAAACACUUAACCAUAACCCACUGCCAAAGCACAGCGGCACUUUUUGUUCACACACACAUACACACAGCCCCGGCAAACUCGGAGCAUACACACUGGACGACUAGUUUAAAAGAUGGCAUCCAAGGUACAACAAAUACAUAAUGCUGCCAAACAGGCCAUUAAACAACUUUCAUUGCCUGAUUUAGUUUGUUGUUGGACGUACAUGGGUUGUUGGGGUGCCUGUUGAUAGUACCCUUGGGGUGGUGGUGCAUAGCCUUGUUGAGGAGCAUAUCCCUGUUGUGGUUGAUAAUAACCUUGUGGAGGUGGAGCACCGUAUCCUGGUUGUUGAUUGUACCCUCUAUCUUGUGUUUGUGGGGCAUAACUUGGUUGAGCUUGUGGCACGUAACCGUCGUUGCCCUGAGCCCAGCUUGGAGGAGCACCAGUUGGUGGAUUGUAUUCUUGUUUAGACAUGGUAUAAGUAUUAAUUCAAAGAUAAGUUGUACAAAAGAAGAAGAUUCGUUAUUUACGACGAUUGAUGAACUUCCAAUGGUAAAAUACUUUGCGAGAUUUAUGCUUGACCCACAUUUCCUUCAGCCUGGUUUUUGUUUUAGUUUUAGUUUUUUUUUUCCCAUGACAACAAAAGGGCUGUUCAGGAACAACCUGUAAACGAAAUACGGAAACUGCAAAACUAUUUUUGUGAUCUCCUCCCUCGUAAUUAAUCGCAAUUCCGCAAUUUACGUUUACAAUACAUAGGUACCCAACCUCUUUGGCAUUUACAAGUUGUCAGAAAGGAUAGCUACUUCACAAUACCAUAUUUUCAAGUCUACCAAUUUACAAACUGUAAACAUCUAUAGUUAGAACCAAUCAUAAGGGCAUUUCUUCAAAGCAUACCAAAGUGGCUGUGCAGGAUCAUGCCUACGGUUUGCAGCCCGAGAUUCGUGACAGAAAAAGUGGCCAUGCCAGCAAUUACUAAAUUAUUCGUAAAUUAUUAUCUAUUCUCAUACGUCAUAAGCUAUUUUCGUUUUUUUUUUUUGCUUCUUCUACUAAUACAAAUAUUUAAAGCUUGGGUUUCUAUCACCGGCAUUAAUUUGUUCUCGUUGUUCCAUGGCUGCAAAUUCCUGUUUGUAUGCAUCAGUCUGCUUGAUCUUGUUCAUUCUCAUACAAGCGUAGAAGUAACCAAGAGAGCACAUGAUCGAGAAACAAACAGCAGCAAUACAAGUAGCUAAACCAGGCUUGUAAACUGGCGCAUCCUUGGCUAAAAAGAUAAAUGUAGCAAUGAUACCACCAAUGUUCCCAAAUCCAAUUUGCCAGGCGGUACCGACUGACUUUCUAAUAUGAGAACCGUUAUUCAAAGCAGCCCAACAGACAACUAAUGGCAUGGCAGUAUAUAACCCUGAUGCAGUAAGGAAACAACCAGCAUAACGCACUCUAGGAGCAGUGGUAGCACCUAAAACCAUAGCAAGACCAGCAAUGGCAAUGACACACGAGGCAAUGGCAAAUGGCAAUCUCUUUUGGAAUCUAUCCGAAGCAAAUGCAGUAAUAUUGAUCAAACCGAAAGCACAAAGCCAUGGGUAGACGGAAUGCUGUUGAGCGUCAACGGCAGUGUAACCCAUUUGGUUAAUAAUAGUGGCAGCAAAGUAAGCAUACCCGUAAGAAGGAAUAAUCAACCCAAAGUAGGAUAAUGCAGGCAACCAGAUCAACCAAUCCUUGAAACAUUUCAACACAUCCUUUAAUUUGUUUUUGAUUUCAAAUGCGGAAGAUGUACCAGACAAAAUUUCCAACUUUUUCUUUAAAAACUCACGUUCAUUUGCAUUCAAGAAUCGGGCUUGUUCUGGGAAAUCAGCAAUUAAAAAGAACAAGAUAACUGCGCACCCACAAGUGACAAUACCUUCAAUGAUGAAAAUCCAUCUCCAACUGGAUAACCCAUGGACUCCAUCCAAGUCAUGGAUUUUAUAUGCAAUGGCACCGGAGGCAGCACCCGAUAAUGCCGUACACGAAAAGAAGGCCGAGAAUCUUCUUUGCGAUUCACUCUUGGAGUAAUAAGUAGACAAUAAAUAGAAAAUGGAUGGGAAUGUAGAAGCUUCAGUAACCCCAAUCAAAAAACGACAAGCAACUAACCCACCGAAAUUUUGAACAAAUCCCAUACCAAUGGAUAAGACACCAAACAACAAAACUAAAAUAGAUAACCAGAUGUGUGGACGAACAAAUUUGAUGGUAUAAUUUGCAGCAACUUCAAAAAACACAUAUGGUACAAAAAAUACAGUUAAGGCAGUAUUGUAUUGGUUCCCCACCAACCCUAAUUCUGUACUUAAACCAUAAAGAUUAGCAUUGGAGAUGUUGACACGAUCUAAAAAUGAAAGGAAAUAUAAAAGACAAAAUGGUGGAACGACCCAAAGAUCAAUUUUCCACAUGAGUUUCUUUUGAUUUAUACCAAGGUCUUGAGCUAAUUGCUCAACUUGUUCUUCUGGCGACGACUUGUCGAGUGAUUCAGUGCUGAUGAAAUACUCUGGAUCUUUAAUGAUAUCCGGCGAUCCUUGCUUUUCAGGAGUAUUGCUAUUUAUGGAGGACAUGUUUGAUAAUUAUAAAGUGAAGUAGC